AUGUCCGUGCCGGUGUCGGGAGCCCUGCGCAGGGAGCUGGCGGAGGCCGUGUCCGGGGCUCGGCUGCUGGUGGUGGGAGCCGGCGGCAUCGGCUGCGAGCUGCUCAAAGAUUUGGUGCUCACCGGCUUCAACAACAUCGACGUGAUUGAUCUGGAUACUAUUGAUGUCAGCAACCUAAACAGGCAGUUUUUGUUUCAAAAGAAACAUGUUGGGAGGUCAAAAGCACAGGUUGCCAAGGAAAGCGUGUUACAGUUUUACCCAGAAGCUAAUAUUAUAGCUUAUCAUGACAGUAUCAUGAACCCUGACUAUAAUGUAGAAUUCUUCCGGCAGUUUACAUUGGUUAUGAAUGCUUUGGAUAACAGAGCUGCACGUAACCAUGUGAACAGGAUGUGUCUGGCUGCUGAUGUUCCUCUUAUAGAAAGUGGAACUGCAGGCUACCUUGGACAAGUAACAGUUAUCAAAAAGGGAGUGACAGAGUGUUAUGAAUGUCAUCCUAAACCAACUCAGAAGACUUUUCCAGGCUGCACAAUUCGCAACACUCCAUCAGAACCUAUCCACUGCAUUGUGUGGGCAAAGUAUUUGUUCAAUCAGUUGUUUGGUGAAGAAGAUGCUGAUCAGGAAGUAUCCCCUGACAGAGCUGAUCCUGAAGCUGCCUGGGAGCCAACAGAAGCAGAAGCCAGAGCAAGAGCAUCUAAUGAAGAUGGUGAUAUUAAACGUGUUUCAACUAAGGAAUGGGCUAAAUCAACUGGAUAUGAUCCAGUUAAACUUUUCACUAAGCUUUUCAAAGAUGAUAUUAGAUAUCUGUUGACAAUGGAUAAACUGUGGAAAAAAAGGAAACCUCCUGUACCAUUGGACUGGACUGAAGUACAGAAUCAAGAGAAAAACAUGUCUGAUCAACAGAAUGACUCCUCUUUAGGCCUGAAGGACCAACAGGUUCUAGAUGUCAAGAGCUAUGCACGUCUGUUUUCAAAGAGUGUUGAAACUCUAAGAGUUCACCUAGCUGAAAAAGGUGAUGGAGCUGAGCUUAUAUGGGAUAAGGAUGACCCAUCUGCAAUGGAUUUUGUUACUUCUGCUGCAAACCUCAGGAUGUACAUUUUCAGUAUGAAUAUGAAGAGCAGAUUUGAUAUCAAGUCAAUGGCAGGAAAUAUAAUCCCUGCUAUAGCUACAACUAAUGCAGUGAUAGCUGGUUUGAUAGUGCUGGAGGGUUUGAAGAUUUUAUCAGGAAAAAUAGAGCAUUGUAGGACGAUUUUUCUAAACAAACAACCAAACCCAAGAAAGAAGCUACUUGUUCCUUGUUCCUUGGAUCCUCCAAAUCCAAGUUGCUAUGUGUGUGCAAGUAAACCAGAAGUGACAGUGAAACUUAAUGUACACAAGGUUACUGUGUUGACAUUACAGGAUAAGAUAGUGAAAGAAAAAUUUGCUAUGGUAGCACCAGAUGUACAGAUAGAUGAUGGAAAAGGGACUAUUCUCAUAUCUUCAGAGGAGGGAGAAACAGAAGCAAAUAACCACAGGAAGUUAUCAGAAUUUGGAAUUCGGAAUGGCACUCGGCUACAAGCAGAUGAUUUCCUGCAGGACUAUACGCUGUUAAUCAAUGUGCUUCAUAGUGAAGAUCUUGAAAAAGAUGUAGAAUUUGAAGUUGUUGGAGAUGGUCCUGAAAAAGUUGGCCCCAAACCAUCAGAACCAAUUUCUAAGAACAUUACCAAUGGUAGUGAUGAUGGAGCACAGCCAUCAACUUCAACAGCUCCAGAUCAAGAUGAUGUAUUGAUUGUUGACUCUGAUGAUGAAGGUCCUUCGAGCAAUACUGAUGAUGGUAUGGAAAAUAAAAACCGCAAGAGAAAACUAGAAGAUAGAGAGCAUGUCAGUACAAAGAGAAUGCGUACAGACCAGACAGAAGAGCAAGAUGACAUAAUAGCACUAGACUGAGUGCAACGAUAGAACGAUAUAGAUAAUGUAAUACAAUAAGAUAUUACUUUGGGGUGUGUUAAAUGUCCAGAACUAGACUAUUUUUAUGGCCUUUGUUCCCAGGGAGAAUCACACCACUGGCUUACAGAAUUUGUGUCCAUUCCUCUUGAUGAUAAAGCACUCGUUUCAAUAGAAUCUUAGAAGUUUUCCAAUAUCCUAUAUUAAAUGUAGUAGAAACUUAGUUUAUAAAUACUUAAACAUAAGUAUUUGCUUAAACAGUCAUGAAAACAAAGCAUGUUAUUUUUAUGUAAAUAUGUUUAGAUAUAAUUCAUUAGGACAAAAAACUACUCGUUUAGUAAAGGGUCAUCAUUUGAAACCCAGAUUUAUAAAUAUUAGAUUUUUAUUUUCGCUAGACAAAAAAUAUUUUUAGCCUAGAUCUAACCAUUUUUCACACCCUCAACUAAUUUGAGAUAGCAGAUUCUUUAAAAACAGAAAUAAGAAGUGCUAUGUUUAAACUCUCUGAUCUUAAACAUCAGCUGGCACUGUGUACAUUACUGUAAAACAAUGUUAAUUUACUCAAGUUUUUCAGCACGUACUGCCUGGUAUGUCAAUGUAAGAAGCAAAUUUUGUGUAUUGUUACAGUUUCAGGUUAUUUAUAUUUGCUGUUUUGUAAAACUCAAAUACUAUUACUAUACUGUACAUCUCAUGGACCAAAUAAACGACAUCUGAAAUACUUGCUA